AUGGACAAAGCACUUGAUUUCAAAUUCGAGGACGAGAAAGUGAGCUGGAAUACGCGUGAUUUGCUAUUAUACGCACUCGGGGUGGGAUCCAAAGCCAGCGAAUUAAGUCUCGUCUACGAGAACGACGCAGCGUUUGCUGCACUCCCCACGUAUCCCGUUGUGCUUAAUUUCAAAGGUGACAGCAGCACCGUCGUUGAUUUCUUCGCUUAUGCCAGCAAGAUGUCCGGCAAUGUACCCGGUCUGCCUGAGAUGGAUCCAGGGCGGAUAUUGCACGGCUCUCAGUACUGCGAGAUGCUCAAGCCCCUGCCUCUCGACAGCCGCGACGACGGUGACGUAUUUGUGAUGAAGAAGCGCAUCGUCGGUGUCCACGAGAAUGCCAAAGGGAUUGUCGUCGAUACUGAAUCCACUCUCUGCAACGGCAGUAACGUGUACGCCAGGAUGUUUUCUUCCACAUUCAAUGUCGGUGCAAAGACAGGAACGCGUUUCUCGCGCGCUGUAGCUGGUCCUCCUGCCGCACCGCCCGUGCCAGCGCGCGACGCCGAUGUCGUCAUCACCGAGCAGACGUCCAAAGACCAGGCAGCGCUCUACCGACUCAGCGGUGAUUAUAACCCCCUUCACAUCGAUCCCGCUAUGGCAAAGAUGGCUGGUUUCAAAGCACCCAUUUUGCACGGUCUCGCAACUUAUGGUAUCGCAACUCGCGCCCUUAUCGUUGGUAUCGGCGGUGGGGAUCCCGGCGCUAUCGUCGCUGUUGGCGCUAGAUUCACUUCACCUGUCUCCCCAGGCGAUACUCUCUCCACGCGUAUCUGGGAUCUUGGUGAGGUGCUGGCGUUUGAAAUGAAGAACGACAGUCAGGCAGGAAAGGUUGUCUUGGGAAUGGGGUAUGCGAGGAAGAAGCGCGACAUACCCCAGUCUAAGCUUUGA